CCACUGGAGGUGACGACAAGCAGGGGCGCUAUAAAAUAUGGCAGGAGGUGUGUGGUCUGGCUGAAGCCAUGGGGUCUCCAGUGGAGCGCUAACAUAAUCCUUCCACUUUUCUCAAUUCUCCAUGCCCCACCCCCCACAAAUAAGAUAUGGGUGGUGGAAGGAAAUGGAAAACAUCAGCCUGUGUGGAAAGUAAAGACUGUGACAUGAAAAGACAACAACUAAAGUUCUGCUUCACCUUUCCAAAACCUCUUCCUUAAUUUUCAAGGCAAGACAGCCUCUAAGAUACUGCAAGUGAUGAAAGAAGUCCCGUGUGGUUUAGUUAAUAAAGAAUAGCACACUCCAGACAAGCUGAAAUGAGCCCCGGCAUCAUCGCGUAGACCAUCUGUGGCAGCCAGAGUCAGCGAAGAGCUCUGACUGCCGGUGCCUUUCCUAAUAAUUCCCAGAUGACAUUGAUGGAGAAUAUUUCAGAGGUGACUGAAUUUAUUCUUGUAGGUUUAACAGAUGCCCUGGAGCUGCAGGUCCCUUUGUUUAUCAUCUUCACUGUCAUUUACUUCAUCACUCUGGUUGGCAACCUUGGGCUGGUCGUGUUGAUUGUACUGGACUCCCGACUCCACAUGCCCAUGUACUUUCUCCUCUGCAACCUCUCCCUGGUAGACUGUGUUUAUGCCUCAGCUGUCUCUCCCAAGGUCUUGGCGGGGCUUCUCACAGGAGAUAAGAUCAUAUCUUACAAGGCGUGCGCUGCUCAGAUGUUCUUCUUUGCAGCUUUUGCCACUGCUGAAAGUUUCCUGCUGGCCUCCAUGGCCUAUGACCGCUAUGCUGCAGUGUGCAGACCCCUGCACUACACGUCCACCAUGACAACUGCGAUGUGUGUGCUACUCAUCUCUGGCUCCUAUGCCAGUGGACUCCUGCAAUCUUCCCUCCACGUGGCUUUCACUUUCCACCUCUCCUUCUGCCAUUCCAACGUGGUUAAUCACUUUUUCUGUGACAUUCCCCCACUGCUGGCGCUUUCUUGCUCUGAUGUCUACGCAAAUGAGAUGGUGCUCUUCGUGAUGGCAGCCUACAAUGUUUUUUUCACUCUCUUUGUUAUCUUGAACUCUUACCUAUUUAUUUUUGUUACUGUCCUGAGAAUGAGCUCAACUGAGGGACGGAAGAAGGCCUUCUCCACCUGUGCCUCCCAUCUCACCACUGUUUCCAUCUUCUAUGGGACGAUCAUCUUCAUGUACCUGCAGCCCAGCUCCAGUCACUCCAUGGACACAGACAAAAUGGCGUCCGUGUUCUACACCAUGGUCAUCCCCAUGCUGAACCCUGUUGUCUACAGCCUGAGGAACAAGGAGGUCAAGAGUGCAUUCAAGAAGGUUGCCAGAAAAGCAAAGUCUGCACUGGGCUUAGUCUAAUAAUUAUAAAUUAUUUUCAAACCAAGUGAUAUUUUCGUUGGGGCUCUAUUAUUGAGGAAUUAAUUGUUAAUUUUAAACUUUUAUUGUCUUUAAUUUUUCUGAGCAACUUUUUUGCACUUGAGAAAUCUCUUCAAGCUUUGAGAAUAUGAAUAGACUAGAGGAAAACAUGGAUGUCUUUUACCAGAGAUAUAACACCUCUUCUAUUUUAAGAUCAAGAUUAUGAUCCUAGCUACCGUAAGACCUCACACUGCCCCACACUAAUGGUGUGAUGUGCUCUGCAGAGAAACUUCACAUGUUUAUUUAUGAGUAACAUUUUUAAUUCUUAUAAUUAAAAAUAACUCUGUGAUUCUUAUAUAAAGAUUAGAGCUGUAGUUCUCAGAUAUCAGUGCUUCUGAGAAUUGUCUUGAGACGUUGACAUGAUGUAGAGCUCCAGAAUGUCAUCCAAGAUAAUUUUAUUCCAUAAACUUUUGGAGGAAUGCAAAGAUCCAUAGUUUGGUCCCUCAUUAUUGACAUCCACUAUAUCUUGAGCUUAAAUACAGUAAGAGCUCUAGUGGAUUGCUUGAAUAAUGAGAGAUACUAUCCAAUCUAAAUCUAUUUAGUCCCUGAAAUUCUGAAAUUAAAGACAGAGUUCAGAGAACAAGAAUUCAUCCAAAACUAUAGACACAUCUUCUCCUUAUCUGAGUUCUUGCUAGCAGUUUAGCUAUGCUUCACAAAUGUAUCAGGCAAUAUCUGUCAAAUACACUUCUACAACUUUUUAAUAAAAAUGUCCAAUGGAUUUAUAAA